CAAAUGGUUUUCCGUGUAUUUACAAUGUGUUAUAAAGUAAACUACCGCGAUCUAGUGAAUUUUUUUGACAACAAUUGAAAAGCAAAACUAUUUCGAAUAAAGUUACUUUUUGAGAAAAAAGCAUACAUUGCGAAAACCAGUAGACACAGUAAUAUUUAAUAUAUCGUACACAGUGUAGGCGCAGCACGUGAUCUACGCUGAUCUUCUAUAGCCAAUGAUUGCAGAGCUGAGCCUCAAUAUUAUAAUAUGCUUUUUCGCCGGGCUUAGCUGAUGGCGGAGGUUUUGUGAUAUUCGCGUUUUUUUCCGGAAUUUAUUAAACAAUUAAACAAUAUUUAAAGCCAUUCUGUGCUAUAUUUUAUAGUAAUCGGGAAGAAGGAUUCUUACUGUUAAUAAUUUCUGAGAAUCAAGAUGUCAGAGGACAAGGUUUACCAAAUUAACCUGCAGGAGCUUAUUGAAGAGUAUGUAUGGAGCUGUUUUCAAGACGAUUUGGGAUGUAUAAGGGGCAUCUUCAACAGAAAACCUAAGUUUUACUUCGACAUACGCUGGGGAUACCUCGAUUUCACACACAGGACUGAGAGUAAAGAGAGACCGGUGACCGGGAACGUGAAUCAGAGAAACGUGGAGUUGUAUUAUUCGGAGUACGAGAAUAAAACCAACACGAAACAGAGCUACACGUUUUCAACAUCAAGGGAGACUACUGCGACUACUAGUAUUGAGCUACAGGAGAACUACACUAUUGGUGCUGAAACUAAUCUGGAAGUGGACCUAGCGGGUAUUGUUAAGUUUGGGGGUGGAGUGAAUGGGUCCUUGUCGGUGACUGAAACCAAAGGCCAAGAGUUUACCGAGACUCUCACUUGGAAUAUCGAUACAAACGUUGUGGUUCCGCGCUGGAAUCGCGCCCGUGCGACGUUGUUCGUUUAUGAACAACCCUCAAUACUUGACUUCACGGUAACUACGACCCUAUCGUUGCCAAAGAAAACUCUACCAGUGUCCAUAAGACGAAAACGAGAUGACAAAAUCGUGAAGACGUACUACAUCACGAACCUUAACGCUAUAUUCGCCGAAUACAACCAGAAGCAUGGGACAGAUGAAAAAAGAAUUGUAAAAAUUGAGACAAGGCCUGUAGAAGGGAGCUCGAUAGAUGAAGUUAUAGCUGUGAUAACCUCCAAUGGCACGUGUAAAAACGUCUCUUGGAAAAACCAACAUGUACAGGUACAGUGUACGCCGAUAGAGGGUGCACCGCCAGAAGCGUGCUCCGAAAAUGAGCCGAGUGAGCGGUCGGAAGAUGAUGGUGAAUAACUGGGAACAUGAGACUGAUAGUUUUAUGAUCACACAUUAUUGAUGGUAGAAAGAGCGUAAAUAUGUGUCAUUAUGAAUGAUUCUGGUGAAAUGAACUAUAAUCACUUUGAAAUAUAUAUGAUCAUAGAUGAUAAAAGUGUAAUCAUAACCGAAGAUACACGAUUACAAAGGCAUUUAUAUAGUUGUAGUGAUUCGGCAAAACAUAUAACAGUUAUGGUUUAGACACGUGCGAUGUUUCAAUUUUGCUUCAAGUUUUUCUAGCAAAUAUUUUUUUAAAUUGAAUGUCUUUUAUUAACAUUUUGGCCUUUGGAGCAUUUAAAGAAACAUUCUAGAAUUGCACGUUUUUUUUUUAUAUUUGAAAACAUUAUAUACAUAUAUCGUUACUACACUUGUAUUCGUUUAAGCACAUGUUUCAUAAUUAUUACUUGUUAUUAUUAUGUAAUGUUUUAUUAUAUUUUUUGCUAUGUAGUAAAGAAAUAAAAGGG